AUGGAUGCCAGGCCUCAGCGGAUACGCGUCCGAGGGGACGAGAACGCCCCCAUUGGCGACCUCCCCAACAAGACUAUCCAUCACCGCAACAAAUCGACCCCGGCUUUAUCGACCGCCUUACAAAAUGGAGGCUUGAGGAACAACGCGAAACGCACCGCCUUUGCCGAUGUGAGCAACACUAGCUAUACUGUGCGAGGUAGUAAAGACGAUAUCUACCUAUCUGGCAAGAACAACAAGGCAGGCACCAUCUCUGCUGAAGACAAGAAGCCUAUCGUCCUUUCGCAGCCCGCUCAGCGCCCUGUGUCUGUCACUGGAGUCAAGGCUAUCUUGAACAGUGUUCGCCCCCGUCCCAGCGAUAAUGUCCCCAGGCAAGGCAUCACGGAUAUUACAUCUUACAACACGGCCAACAACCGCAAAUUACUUACAAAACGCAGCAAUGUGGUUUUCAAAGAUCACCUUCCGCCUGUUGUCGAGGCAAAGCCUUCCACUACUAUCAAGCAGGCAGGACCUCGGGCGAGUGACCCAGUGAAGGAAGACUUCGUUAGUCGUCCAAGCACAGCUUCUUCCCACCGAGAGUAUUCCAAGAAGGAAGCAAAAGAAGCCCCCCUUCCUGCCAAACUCAAUGACAUUGAAGUUAACCCUUCAUCUCUUGAUAUUCACUCAAAUAGCAGCUAUGUCAUUGAGCCGUCUGUCCCAAAAAAGGUUUCACUGAGCGAACCUGCCGUGCUGGAAGAAGAACAGCCAUCCAGAUCGACUCUUCCAGAAGCCGUCAGCCUUCCUGAAGUGAAAGACGCCCAAAAAUCCGAGAGUACCUUGCCUCGGGAUUCUCUCGAUCUCGCGCACACACGCUCCGACAGUGCGGUCGCACCCUCAGAGCCAGAGGAAUGGGAUGAGUUUGACGACAACGAGGAGGACGACGGCUAUGCCACAGCACGCUCACAUCCAUCUCGCAGUGAGAACACUACUGGGAGUGCAGCCAUCAUCCUAGUUCCAAAGUACAACCAGAAGGCAAAGAAGGAAAUUGCGGUUGCCAAACAAUUCGUGGAGACCUCUCGUACAACUGAUGACAUCGAAGAUGAGAUGUGGGACACUAGCAUGGUCGCUGAAUAUGGCGAUGACAUCUUUGACUACAUGAGAGAACUGGAGAUCAAGAUGCUGCCCAACGCCCACUACAUGGACUACCAACCAGAGGUUCAGUGGUCAAUGCGCUCUAUCCUCAUCGAGUGGCUGGUCCAGGUUCAUCACCGAUUCUGCCUGCUUCCAGAGACAUUGUUCCUUGCUGUCAACUACAUCGACCGCUUCCUCUCUUGCAAGAUUGUUAGUCUGGGAAAGUUGCAACUCGUUGGUGCCACUGCAAUUUUCAUCGCUGCCAAGUACGAAGAGAUCAACUGCCCCUCAGUCAAAGAGAUUGAAUACAUGGUCGACCGCGGCUAUACCGUCGAUGAGAUUUUGAAGGCCGAGCGAUUCAUUCUCAGCAUGCUGCAGUUUGAGCUGGGGUGGCCCGGCCCAAUGAGCUUUUUACGCCGAAUCAGCAAAGCUGACGAUUAUGACCUUGACACCCGUACUUUGGCAAAGUACUUCUUGGAAGUUACCAUCAUGGACGAGCGUUUCGUGGGCAGUCCGCCCAGCUAUACGGCAGCAGGUGCGCACUGUCUAGCUCGAUUUAUGCUGUGCAAGGGUGAUUGGUCGUAUGCACAUGUGUACUAUUCCAACUAUACAUACACCCAGUUGUACCCCCUAUUGAGCGUCAUUCUUGAAUGCUGCGAGAAACCGCAGAAACAUCACAAUGCAAUCUACGAAAAGUAUUCCGAUCGUCGGUACAAGCGUUCUUCAUUGUAUGUCGAGGCCGAAAUAGCCAAAGGUUUCAGCAUUCCCGACAUUCCCAAAGAGAGCCAUCGCUUUGUCUAG